AUGGAUUUACAUUCUUCUAUCCAAAAGCUCCGUGCUAUCAUAAGGCAUAUAAUGCAAUCUGAAUCGCGUCAAAGACGCUUUGAGGAGCUUGCUACUGGCCUGCAUAAUGAUUUGGGCUGCCUCCUUGUUCGAGAUACUCCUACUCGUGUACAAACCACUAUUGUAAUGAUAUCUAGAGCAAUUCCGCUGCAAAAGGCUGUAGAUGAAUGGGUGUCUAGGCACAAGGAGCUCGAAAACAAUUACCUUAGUUGUGCGGAGUGGAACCACUUGAAGAGCUGCACAUCUGGUCCAAAACUGAAGACACGCACCAAGCUCCUAUUCAGCCAGCUAGUCCUACCCCUCUAUUCCACUAUGACGAAUGCCGAUGACGAAUAUCACUCUCGACAGACAGUUGUCGAGAGUAUCUGUGAGCUUGCCAAGAAGCUACCGGACUCAAUCGAAAUCGCAGAGAAGACAGACAGAAUAUACACGGUGAUGAAGAACUUACGUGGCAAGAACAACUGGCACACCUUCAACCGACGAUUUGAUGCCCUUUUUGCUCAAGAUAUUCUCGACAAGCAUGGCCAUUUCCCUGACAUGCGGCGAGGACGGCACGGGAUCGAGUAUGUCGCCAGCUACAUCCAGAACACUGCCCUUGACCUGCCGCACAACACACAUGCAGCGCUGAUGUUGAAGCUGCAACGUUUAGAUAAUGAGCUAAAGAGGUUAUGCGGCACUGCCGAUACGGUCCAUGGUGAAGCGUCUGCCCAGCCCAAAACCCAGCUAGCCACUUCAAAGCCCCCAAGGGAAAAGCCCCAAGAAAAGGAGCGCACCGAGGAAGACUUGCUUCGAGAGUUCAAACAGGGUCACCUGGCUAGGGCACUGUAUGGCCAUGAACAGACAUUAAUCAAGGACAAUCGCAAGGACAAAACUUACCGCCCACCUGCUCGCAGUAAUGACAACAGGAGUUCCGAGGAGAGCGAUGAGUCUGAUGAUGAAGGAGGACUUGGGGUCACGAUGAGGGCAAAGGGGGCAUCAAAAGGUGCUCAUAAACGCCUUCGUGUUGACUCGACCAGCUCCGAGCGCUCCGAGACAUCCAUAAGCAUUGAAGAGGCCUCCUUGUCAGAGAUGGCCAAGGUGUUGAGCUCAGCACCAAAGGAGACCAUGCCAGCCGCAAAAUCAACAGCAAAAGGAAAGCAAAAGUCAAAUACCAAGCAAUCAAAGCGCCGCCGUCAGGAUGCUGAGGUAGUGGAGGUAGUGGAGGGCGACUCAGAGCAAUCUGAUGGCAACUCUGCGUUGCGUGCCAUGAAGGAACGCGAGGCAAAGGCACGACCAGAGGGAUCCCGCGGGCCUGUAAACAAGUCGCUUGAGUUCUGGCAUGGCCCAAAGGCUGUGCGCGCGAAUGGGGAGAAGCGAUGGGAAUUUACUUGCAAGCUCUGCCGGAAAAUUCGGACGUUUGACCGCACUGUAGACUCGUCUGACUUUAGCAAGGAGCAGCCACGCCCGAAGUUAGGAAACCUUGCCACGCACCUGAACGUCCACGGUGCUGAGAUUGCGCAGCUGCGAGAGAAGGAAAAGGAUGGUGGGAACUCUGAUGAGCUUCUCGCCAGUAGCUCAGGUUCAAAAGUGCUCGAACGUCAGCAAGCUAUCAUGGCUCGAAUGCUCGAUGACGGAAAAGUCAACCCGUCUCACUCGCCUUCGCAGCCUGGCUUCCAUCGCAGGUUUACUGCAUAUAUCCUCGAGAGUAACCACCCGUUGACCGCUGGCGAAGCCCCUGCACUACGGAUUCUCUUCGAGUACAUCAAAUGCCCAUUCAAACUCCCCUCUGACACCGCUGUGGGCAACUUCGUCUCACGGAUUCACAAGCACCUUCAGGGUGCCAUUACCAAGGAACUGGCGGCCUCUAUACCCUAUCGUAUCGCCUAUAGCACUGAUAGUUGGACAAACCCUCAAAUGAUAUACACGUUCUGUGCAACACUUGCAACGUGGAUCGAUGAGAAGUGGACUCUGCGUACACGGCUUAUCGACUUUCGGCACCUUGCGAUGGACGAGCAUACAGGAAAGGGGCUAGCUAAGGCUUUCUGGGAUGCCGCACCGAUACUCGCGUCACUCAAGAUUGUCGAUGAUGAACCUGGUGAUGUAGAUUACUACGAAAAAUUCAAUAAGUAUCUGCCUGUGGCCUUCGACCUCGCGAUGGAGGAUGAAGAUCUCGAGGCGAUUGAGGCAGAGGACUAUGAUGGGGAUGAAGUGCAAGACCCGGAUACCAGCUUCACAGCAGGCAUCAAAUCGCAGGCUAGAGAUGAACCGUCCACUGCCAGCACUUCUGCGCUCGAGAAGGCCAUUGAGCUAUGGACGUGCGAGGUUCAGUUGAGGCACUUGGUUUUGACGGUGGAGGACUGGGAUGAAAUUAUACUGCUCCAUGGGCUCCUUGAGUUUUUGGCUGCAGGAAUUCACCGCAGAUACACUGCUCGUAUCGACUGA